ACCGAUUUUAAGCGAUUUUACCGAUUUUGCCCAAGUUUUUACCAGUUUUUGUGACUAAGCAACUUUAGGUAGAAACCGAGACGUUUUGAUGGCCUGGAUACGUAAAAACGUAAGUUUUACGUUUUUACGUUUUAAUGCGCGAUUUUGACUGCACUGCAUUUAACAAGGUCUUUGCCAGAAAUGGAUCGCUGCACGAUUAAACGGCGUCGUGCGAUAUCCUGGACAAUUGAACGGUCUGGAUCAGCUGGGCCCCACAGAUGGACUUUCCAGAUCACAAGUUCACACACAUACUCUCUCUCCAUUUCCCCUUCUUUCAAAAGUCCAAUAAGCGGAGGAGCGGCCAAGCGAGCCAACCCGACUUCUCGUCGGUUUUCUCCGGAAGAAACGCAUAACCGCCGGCGGUGCGAAGACGGUGGAAGGAAGACAGGCACUCAGCGAGUCAACUUGUUAGCGAGUGAUUGAGCAAGAGAGAGGCAACAUAGAGCAGCAAUGGCGGAAAAGGAAUGUGAACUGGGCGACGAGCAGAAGAAAGAGAUCGCCAAAUGGUUCCUCCUAAACGCUCCUUCCGGCGAAAUCCAGUACAUCGCCAAAGAUUUGAGAUCGGUGUUGAACGACGACAAAGUGUAUGAUGAAGCGACCUCGGAGGCGUUCCCUCUCUACAACAAAUUUCACUUGAUUUGCCUCGAACUUCCCUGCCGGAGCGGCGACGUCUUGAUUACGCCAUACAAUGAGCUCGAGGAGAAUCAGUUUAUCGAGCCUCGUACUGCACAGAUUGUCACAAUUGAUCAUGUCAAGCAAGCUUGUACAGAGGCGAGACCUGCAGCCGACGAGGAACUAGCAUCGCCUUAUGUUGAGGAAUUCCGUUGUGCACUUGACGCGGAAAUACUGAAAUAUGUGGAAGACGCUUAUCCAAAAGGUGUCUGCUCUGUCUACUGUGUUGAUGGGAAAGAUGCUGAGGGACCCGGAUGUAAUUUUGAGUUUGCCGUGGUCAUAGCAGCUGUAAGAAACAGCCCAAAGAAUUUUUGCAAUGGAAGUUGGAGGUCAGUGUGGAACAUAAAGUUCAAAGAUGAUUUACAAGUACUGGAAAUCAAAGGAAAAUUGCAGGUGGAUGCCCAUUAUUUUGAAGAGGGAAAUGUUCAGCUGGAUGCAGAACAAGAAUUCCAAGAUGGAACAAUUUUUCAGGCACCAGAUGAUUGUGCAAUUUCGAUAGCCAAUACAAUUCGUCACCACGAGACAGAGUACAUGGGGUCUCUUGAGGCAUCAUACUCGAAUUUGCCAGACACGACUUUCAAGGAUCUAAGGAGGAAGCUUCCAGUUACAAGGACUCUCUUCCCGUGGCACAACACCUUACAGUUCAGUCUGACAAGAGACAUCCAGAAGGAACUUGGAAUUGGGAAGUGAACAUCCAGAACGUGAGACAUGUAUGUCGGGUACCUGUGGAUGACCAUGAACGAUAGUUAUUUGGAUAACCCCCCUGCGACUUCAAAGGCGCUGUGUUUACUUCGUGCGCCCCUUUGUCAUUGCAUACUGUUGACGUUCUGUCAUUGCUUACCCUCAGUUUUGGUGUUGUACCAUCACACUUUUGACAGGCUUGUGUAUAGUUCAAUAUAUCCGUCUAUAUGUUGUGAGAAACCUUAUGUUAGUUCUGCCCCCCUGAAUGAUAUGAGUCACUGUGCUGCUGAAGUUUGUUGCUCGCUGUUUUCGUGUUUGUUUUUGGAUUCCCCCUCUUUGAUCAAUCUAUUUUGAAUCCAUUUCGGUCUCGCAUUGGAAGAUGCCGUAAAAUUCAUGCAGUAUUGACUGAGGGAUGGAUGAAUUCUAGUGAUGUAGUGAAUUAUAGAAUCCACUUUCUGGGUAUGUUUAAUCAUGGAGUGCAGAAGAGUUACCAUUUUAAUCAAAUUGGUACUAUAAACCACAAGCCUUUAAAGAAACCUGGUGAUUGUUGACUUCAUGUACCAUACAAGCAAAGUAGGUAUCUAAACCAGCAGCAUUGAGGAACAAUACCAGUUUACAGAGCUUAAUGAAACAAGUACAUUAAG